AUGAGGCUCGGGUGUACAGUGGUGACCCCAACAAGACAAGGGAGUGAAGCGGUGCACUCGGUGGAACUCCGUAGCGGAGCGCCACCCUCGGCCGGACUCAGGCUGGGGGUGUCAGUGAUCUCUGCAGGUUUUACAGAAGUGGACAUCGAUGAUGGAAAAGACUGGGAUAUUUUUGACAUAAAUGAAGAAACAGGACUUGAUCUGGAAGAGGGAGACAUAGUGAUUAAAAAGGGAGAUAGCAAGAACAGUAUUCUGGGUUCGGAAUAUCGGUGGCCGACCACUGUGCCUUACUAUCUGGAGGACAGCUUGGAGAUCAAUGCUAAAGGUGUGGUACUGAAAGCAUUCGAGCAAUAUCAACUCAAGACUUGUAUUAACUUCAAACCCUGGAGUGGCGAGCCAAACUACAUUUCUGUAUUCAAAGGUUCUGGGUGUUUUUCAUCUGUGGGGAAUCGUCAUGUAGGAAAGCAAAGGUUAUCAAUUGGAAACAACUGUGAUCGCCUUGCAACUGUGGAGCAUGAGUUCCUGCAUGCUCUGGGUUUCUGGCACGAGCAAUCCAGAGCCGACCGAAACGAUUACGUCAACAUCAUGUGGGACCAGAUUGAAGCUGGCAAAGAGCACAACUUCAACAAUUACGAUGACACAGUGUCCAGCGCUCUAGGCUUCCCUUACGACUACACCUCUGUUAUGCACUACAGUAAAACUGCCUUUAACAAGGAUUCUAAACCGACCAUCGUCACUAAGAUUCCAGAGUUCAUGGACAUCAUUGGCCAACGCAUGGAGUUCAGUUACAGUGAUGUGCGCAAGCUAAAUAGGCUGUAUAACUGCACCACCACCUCUACCUUCAUGGACUCUUGUAGCUUUGAGCAGCCCAAUAUUUGUGGUAUGAUCCAGGGAGAAGAUGCAAAGGCAAAGUGGGUGCGUGUGAAAAGUGUGGAUGGUGGUGCAAACACAGACUACACUAACAUGGGCCAGUGUAAUGGUAUAGGUUUUUUUAUGCAUUUUAGCACAGCUACAGGGAACCCUAGAGAUAACGCUUACUUGGAAAGUCGACUCUUUUAUCCCAAAAGAGGACGCCAGUGCCUGCAAUUCUACAUGCACAACAGCGGGAGUGCUGAUGACCAGCUGAACAUAUGGGUUCAUGAAUAUACCAAGGAAAAUCCUAAAGCAGUGUUGAGACUCAUUCAGACAUUCCGGGGUGGCCUGAGAAACUCCUGGGAGCUUCACCAUGUGACUCUAGACGCAUCUCAAAAGUUCCGGUUCGUGUUUGAAGGGGUGAAGGGAAUGAGAACAUCUCAAGGAGGUCUCUCUCUGGAUGAUGUCAACCUGUCAGAAACACAAUGUCCUCAUCAUACAUGGCACAUACGAAAUUUUACCAGCCUCCUUGCCACAACACCUGUUGGCUCCAAAAUCUACAGCCCGACUUUCUUAUCCCCUGAUGGCUUCUUCCAGAUUGGUCUGUACAUUAAUGGAAAAUCAGGCAGUUCUAAUAAUAUGGGCAUGUACUUGCACUUGACUUCUGGUCCCAAUGAUAGCCAACUGCAAUGGCCAUGCCCAUGGAGACAGGCUACCAUAGCACUGAUGGACCAGCAUCCAAAUAUUCAGCAACGCAUGGAUAAUCAAAGAAUGAUCACCACUGAUCCCAGCAAGACCUCCACCGACUCUCUGGGAAACAUCAAAUAUUUCUGGGAUGACCCACAGAAGGUGGGCAGUCUUGUAAAAAACCCAGACGGUACCUUUUAUUACAGAGGACCGGGUACUGGCACCAGUUCUUUCAUCACUCACAGCCGUCUAAAGAGUCGGGAUUUCAUUAAAGGAAGUGAUGUCAUCUUCCUCCUUAGUCUAGAAGAUGUGACUGGACUUUUGGAGACUCAACCUGUACCUCAGCCUGCUGGCUACAUUGAGGGAAAAAGCUCUUUACCCAGUCUGUCUGCUGUAAACACUACAUCAGCUGUGGUUUUUGCUUUUGUAGCCUUGCUUACAUUGUUGCUUGUGCUUGCAAGUGUGGUGUAUGGUGUCAGGAGACUCCAAAGAAGUGGAGAAACAGACAACGAGAGAGGAAACGUACCAGAAACAGUAAACGGCUGUAAGUGAUAAAAAAAAAAAAAUUGUAAUCGUGUAAUUUAUAUUGCCAUUCUCUGUAUAAAAUAUGAUCCUUUUUCCUUUUCAGAAAUUCUCCAGCUGGCAUACAAUAUAAUUGGAAAAUA